CUACUCCCAAACUCUUCUCUCUCUCUCUCUCUCUCUUCCUUCCCAAAAACUACUACUGCUCUGCUACUCCCCUUUUCUUCUUCCUUCACCAUCUUUCCUACAAGAGUCCAUCAAUUUGCUUCAAUUUCCCGGAGGAAAAGGAAAAAAAAUGCGGAUGAGCUGCAAUGGGUGCCGCGUCCUCCGCAAGGGCUGCAGCGACAGCUGCAGCAUCCGCCCCUGCCUCCAAUGGAUCAAAUCCCCAGACUCCCAAGCCCACGCCACCGUCUUCCUCGCCAAAUUCUACGGCCGCGCGGGGCUCAUGAAUCUCAUCAACGCCGGACCCGACCACCUCCGUCCUGCGAUCUUCAGAUCCUUGCUGUACGAGGCGUGCGGGCGGAUCGUCAACCCGAUCUACGGGUCGGUCGGGCUGCUGUGGUCCGGGAGCUGGCACCUCUGCCAGGCCGCCGUCGAGGCCGUGCUCAAAGGGGAUCCGAUCACCCCAAUCAACUCCGACGCCGCCGCCACGGGCCAGGGCCCGCCUUUCAAGGCCUACGACAUCCGCCACGUCUCCAAAGAUGACAACCAGUCGACCGCCGCGGCGAAUUCGAAAUCCAGCGACGGAGGGGUCGGGUCGGGUCUCGCCCGGGCCAAUCCUCGGUCCCGGGUCAGGCGGGUCGUCAAGCCCAAGCCCAACAAGCCGGCCGGGGUCGUGGUGGACCGCCCCGCCGGUGGUGGUGGUGGUUCGACUAGCCACGAGUCGUCGGUGAGCCACGGGUCGGAGGUGGCGGACGACAGCAAGGAGACGGAGAGCAUGGUGUCGGGUGAGACGGCGGAGCUUUUCGGGCCGGAACCGGAGUCGGCCGCCGCGGGAGUGAAGGAGGCCGCCGGCCCAGAUAACUGCGUGGGAGUUGGGCUUGGGCUUGGGCUGGGUCUGGAGCUGACGCUGGGGCUUGAGCCGAUUGUGAUGGCGGCGGCGGCAGCAGCGGCAUCACGUGGCCGUCACGUGGUCCCGGUGAAGAAGAGGAGGGUGGAGGCGUGUGAUGAGGACACGUGUAAGAUGGAGCUGGGGCUCGAGUGUUCGGCUUGUUGAAAUCCCUAGCAGCAGCUAAAGUGUAAAAAGGAAGAAUAGUAGGUUGAACGAGAGACAAAAUAGUCCAGUUUUGGCGGCUCGGCUCGGCUCGGCUGAGUUCGGCUUCUCCUGUCCAGUAGUAGAGAGUUGGCAACUAGUUUUUUUUUUUUUUUUUUUUUUGCUAUUUUAUCGGCUUGUAGUUUUUGUUAUCUGUAAUUUGUUUUCCUUUUGUUCUUUGUUCGGCUUGGAGCGCUCCUGUCUUUCUUUUUUGGACCCUUUUUUACGGUGAAGAAUGAAACAAAUGGAAGGUGUACAAAAGGGGAAAAGAAAUGACUUGUAAAUGAAGGGGAAAAAAUAAUCGGAAAAAUCCCAAUUCUGCUCUCGCUAACCAUUUUUUUGUGGAAUUGCAUGUUUGUCCUCUCAUCGCACUUGAAUUUGGCAAUAUAUGUUUCCUUUUUAUUCGUGAAGCAUCAUAUCCACUGCCAGGAAAUUAAUAUGAAAUCUAGAAAAUUGUUUAAUUAGGUCAUGUAUCAUGUAUGCCAAGUUGUUGUGAGGCGUCUCUUGAGUUACAAGAGAGAUCGAGGAACGUAGUAGAAUGAUAGUUUCUACCAAAGAUUUUGUGUUCGAGUGUUAUAAUUCCAUAGAAUAACAUCGUCUCAGUGGUCGAGUUGGUGGAAUGACUGUCUCUACGAAAGACGAAUAAUUCAGUGCAAACGAGUGCAAUGCGGCGCAGUGCCGACACGAUCUCUUCAACUGAGAGUUACGAGAGACAAAGUCUUUGAAAUGGAUCUAAUUACAUUUCUCGUCUUUGUAAGCCAAAGUAUUUGCUAAAUAUUGUGCUGAUGUGGUACAAUUUCUUGUCUUCUUAGUGAAGUAUUUGUUUCAUUUCGUGCCAAUGUGUUAUAAUUCGGUGCGAACGGAGCGUGCAGAGUGCCAACAACAAUACAUCACUUAAAGGAAUGAAGAAGAAACUUAAAAGAAGAAGAAGAAAAAAAAAACUAAGUACAAAUGAAGUAAAGAGAGGGGGCAAAAAAAAGGACUCCAACUUCAACUGCUCCAAAACGUAUGGCCGUAAGUCUCGCCAUGAAAACAGGCCAUAUAUCAUACAACUAGGGCUAAUCACCAAUUUUUGGUGUGGGAAAAAAAAAACACUAUUUAAGACUAUUUAUCCAGAAGUUGCAUUAGUUGGUAUUAUAUUAAACUGACCAACUGGUGUCAAUAUAUAUUCUUGCCCAAUAAAUCCAUAUAAUAAGCUAGGUUUGUAUACUUAAAUCAUGUGGACACACUGUUAGGUAGUGUACAUACAUUGAAGCUAGACAAACCAAAUCUAACGACUUAAUUAUAUUAAUUAACUAUGCGUACAAAAGCUAAGCAUAUAGGUUAUAUAACUAAUUAUUUGGUGUGUUAAUUAGAUAGGUAUACAUGUUGUCACAGUUGACGCUUAAUUAUAAUCAGCUAAAAACAAAGAACUACAUAUGCGUUGGAGUGGGCGAACUUUUGUCCUCGUAAAAUGUCGUUCCGUGUGGUAGUGGUAGAUCGUGGGCGGUACCUGGUCUGGUUCAGACGCGUAGAUAAGAUUGGCUACGGUCCGAUCUUUUCGAGAAUAUAAGGAUCAAAGAUUG